UAUGUUACCCGGAUGUCUCUGUCCCGCGAGCUGGACUUCUCCAAGCAGACCAUGGAUUUUUUGGCAGAUCGGGAUGUGCAAAAGUACGUGGAGGAUGGAUAUGUGGUUCUGGACGGACUGCUGACCUCCCAGGAGUGUGACGAGCUGAAGCAAAGGAUGGCAGAGAUAGUGGACCAGAUGGACGUCCCGGAGCACUGCCGCACCACCUUCUCCACCUACCAUGACGAGCAGCUCAAAACACAGGGAAAUGCUGACUAUUUCAUCACCAGUGGAGAUAAGAUCCGCUUUUUCUUUGAGAAAGGAGUUUUUGAUGACAAAGGGGAAUUCAUCGUACCAAAACAGCGGUCCCUAAAUAAAGUCGGACAUGCACUACAUGCCUAUGAGCCACUGUACAAAAAGGUUACACAUUCACCCAAAGUUCAGGGCAUAGCGAAGAAGCUGGGUCUUGUAAGUCCUGUGAUACUGCAAAGCAUGUACAUUUUUAAGGUAAGCAUUAACAUCCUCCCCUCCAUGCAUGAAAUGCCUUGUGUAGUAUCAGAUGCUAUAUGA